ACUAACUGGGCCGGAUGCCAUGGAAGAGAAGUGUGGUCCUGCUGCUAUUUGCUUUGUUUCUUUCUUACCUGACAUUCUGGACUCAAAAGCUGAAGGAAGGAACAAGUAUUUGGAGAUGCUAUUAUCAGUUGCAGAGAAGUUUAAGAAGGACCCUUACAGCUUUGUGUGGGUGGCUGCUGGGAAGCAACCUGAUUUGGAGAAGCGUGUUGGUGUUGGAGGAUAUGGUUACCCAGCAAUGGUAGCCUUGAAUGCAAAGAAAGGAGCUUAUGCUCCACUUAAAAGCGGUUUUGAGGUUAAACACCUCAUAGAAUUCGUGAAGGAAGCUAAGGCAGGAGGAAAAGGGAAUUUGCCCAUAGACGGAACACUGGAGAUAGUGAAGACAGAAGCUUGGGAUGGUAAGGACGGAGAGGUGGUCGAUGCAGAUGAGUUCUCACUUGAAGAACUCAUGGCAGAUGAUUGAUGCUGCUGCUGCCUCCACUGAGUCAAAGGAGCAGUGGUGAACAGCUCUUUUACCUCACCUGUACGGUUUUAGUUUCUUGAAAGAUUGUUAAAAAUGCUCCAGAAAGGCAGUUAUAUCAUGUCAAAGGGUUGCAAGAGAGUAACACACUUUUUGAUUUCAUAUUUAGAUAUAGACAGACUUCGGUGUGAAUGUUUCAGCUUCGAGAUGACCUCUAUAUAAUUGGUUUGUCUUAUAUAA